AAAAAAAGAAAAAGAGAGAAACGGAGAAAGAAAGGAUCCGUGCUGCAGUUUGCUUUAGAUCUGAGUGGAGCAGCAGGAGCGAGACUCGGCCCCGGAUUGAUCCUCCUCGUGUAGUUUCAGCUCGCAUGGAUAUUUUGUUGGGAUUGUUUCAGAAAGAAGAAGAAGAGGUGCACAGACCUCUGAAGGAUCCGGACUUCUAGUGCAUUUUCCAGGGAUUAAACCUCCUCGAAGUACCUCAUGCGCUGCGUGCCGGUUAGAAAGUAGAUCCUGGGGCUGUUAAAAGUCCUGAACUGUUCGAGUUGGUCUCACGGUGAAGGCUGCUGCUUCUGGAUCAUGCUUCUAAGUGUGUUAUGUUAUCUUAUUGUGUACUUUGCUUUUUUCAUUCGUGCGUAACAGAGGUUUAACGAGUCCAUUCCACUGCGGUCCUGGAUUAUAAAAUCACACUUUUCAGCCGAUUUGGGUGUAAUCGGAUUAAUCGGCUAAAUGAAUGCAUUGUGAUCGGAAUGUUGCGGUGCAUUUAUUGCGCGGUUGUGUUGUUGUAGAUGCAACAAAACAGCCUUGAGUCUAAUGUUGCGGCUUUGCCAGCACUGCUCGUCGCUCGGCUGUGCAUGCACUGCACGGCGCUCCGCACACAUUAAUGUUUUGCAACGACCGUCUAAGUGUCUGUAAUAUCCGGAUAUCUGUAGAAUAAUAAUAUUAAUAAAAAGACCACAUCUAGAUUUUCAAGUUGUCGUAUGUUCAGGACGAAACGCUCAGGUCUUGUGCGGCGACUCUGGAGAAGCCGUUUGAUCCCAGAUAGAGAAGGGGAAGAUGGAAAUGGCCAAACUGGUGAGGGCUGCAGGGACGAUCUGUUCGGCAACAACCCGGAGAAGAUUCCCAAAACGGAGCUCAGACCGAUGACCCCGAGCGGGUCUCACGCAGGGGACACGGGGGGUGUGUGCACUCGGAGCCCCGCGGAGAGCAGAGGCUCGGGGGUCACGUCGGACCAAGAUGGGGGCGCGGUGUGCGUCCAGGAGCAAGGGAGCCCCCGAUCCGUGCAGGACAGCGAGUGCAGGACAGUGACGUGCUGCUUGUUUAAAGACCGGGACCACUCCGAGCUCAGGGGUCCGGAGACGGCUCAGGGUACCGCGGAUCCGGGGUCGUGUCACUUCGCGCUGAGGAGCCUCGCACCUCGGAAUAGCGGCGCUCCUGAGGCGCAGGAGGCGAUGCCGCGCACGGUGUUGGAUCAAGAACUGAAGUCAGCCACAUACUCUCUUCUGAAGCGGCUAAAGGAGAGGGCGCUGGAUACCUUGCUGGAGGCGGUGGAGUCCAGGGGAGGGAUGCCGAGCGACUGUGUUAUGAUAGCCCGGACAGAGCUGAGGUUGGGCGGCCAUGUGGCAUCCCCACAGCUGCUCGUGUGUAAACUGUACCGCUGGUCCGACCUCCAGCACUCGGCCCAGCUCAAACCGCUCUGUGAGUGUAAGAGUUUUGGGGCCUUGGACAGUCCGACAGUUUGCUGCAACCCCUUUCACUACAGCCGGCUCUGUGGGCCAGAGUCACCCCCACCUCCAUAUUCGAGGCUUUCCCCCAAUGAAGAACACAAGCCACUGGAUCUGUCAGACUCCACAUUGUCUUACACUGAAACUGAGGCCGCCAGCUCACCAAACACACCGGGGGAAUUCUCAGAUGCCAGUAUGUCGCCUGAUGCCCCUAAGCAGAGCCACUGGUGUAACGUGGCGUACUGGGAGCACCGCACACGUGUGGGUCGCCUCUACACAGUGUACGAGCACUCCGUCAGCAUCUUCUACGAUCUACCUCAGGGCACGGGCUUCUGCCUGGGCCAGCUCAACCUGGAACACCGGAGCAGCACCGUACAGCGCACACGAGGCAAAAUCGGCUACGGCAUCCUCCUCAGCAAAGAGCCGGACGGCGUGUGGGCAUAUAACCGCAGCGAGCACCCCAUAUUCGUCAACUCCCCUACUCUGGACAUGCCCAACAGCAGAACUCUGGUGGUGCGAAAGGUGAUGCCAGGCUACUCCAUCAAGGUAUUUGACUAUGAGCGCUCGUGCCUCCUGAGGCACACCACAGAGGCGGACCUCCUGGAUGGACCCUACGACCCCAACAGUGUGCGCAUCAGCUUUGCUAAGGGCUGGGGCCCCUGCUACUCAAGACAGUUCAUCACCUCCUGCCCCUGCUGGCUGGAGAUCCUCCUCAACAACCAUAGAUAACACAGACGGACCCCAUAAACUAUCCCAAAUAUCAUCUACCUAGAUUUAAUAUAAAGUUUUAUAUAUUAUAUGAAAUAUAUAUUAUACUUGUAAAUACGGAGUCAUUUUUACAAUGUAAUUAUUUAUGUAUGGUGCAAUGUGUAUAUGGACAAGAGGAAAAAAAUGGAAAAUGCACUUUGGCUUAUAUAUAUUAUAUAUAUAAAUAUAUAUAAAGAUAAAGAAUCUUUCAAUACCAACUUGAGAAAUUAUACAGCAAAAUUAGGAUGAGCCUGGAUUUGAUGUAUAGUUUUCAUAUACUAUUAAUAUCCAGACAAAAAGCUAACACCAUUCACACAUUGAUAAUAAAGUAUUCGCAUAAUAAUA